AUGCAAGUAAACGUGGCGGGGCUAAGGAGAAAUAUUAAGAACCUCGCGCACAACUACUCUGAUGCUCAGGUAAAAGUGCGCGAAGCGACAUCGAACGACCCAUGGGGCCCAUCCAGCACUCUGAUGGCGGAAAUCGCCGACCUCACCUACAACGUGAUGGCCUUCACCGAGAUCAUGCAAAUGAUCUGGAAGCGCCUCAACGACCACGGCAAGAACUGGCGGCACGUGUACAAGGCCCUGGUCCUCAUGGAGUACCUCAUUAAGACCGGCAGCGAGAAGGUGGCCAUGCAGUGCAAGGAGAACAUCUUCGCCAUACACACCCUCAAAGACUUCCAGUAUAUGGAGGAGGGGAAGGACCAAGGUCUAAACGUGAGAGAGAAGGCGAAACAGCUGGUGCACCUGUUGAAAGACGAGGAGAGACUGAAGAAUGAGAGAGCGCGCGCUCUCAAAGCGAAACAGCGCUUCGCUCAGACGGCCAGCGCCUUCGGCAGCGAUGGCGCGCUCGACACGCCCUCGAGCCCCACCUAUCCCGCGCUAAGCGGCAGUGGCGAAUGGGCCAGCAGCGGUCCCGGGAACGGUCGAGAGUCGGAGUUGGCCCGGCCGCUGACGGCGGGAGAGGAGGAGCUGCAGCUGCAGCUGGCCCUGGCCAUGUCCCGCGAGGAGGCCGAGCGGGAGGAGAAGCGGCGAAGGUCGGACGACGUUCGGCUGCAGCUCGCGAUCAGUCAGUCGCAGAACGACUUCCAGUCACCUGGAGCGACAGGCGGUGAGAAAAAGCCCGCGAGCAACGGUCAAUCUCACCUGCUGGACCUGCUGGACGUCUCUCUGGGACCUCCUCAGCCGACCGUCGACCCCUGGGGCCUGCCGGGGGAGAAACCUAAACCGCCUGAUACGUUGGAUAUCAGUAUAUUUACGGAUUCGAUGGACACGAGUUCCGAGGCGUGGUCGGGCGUGAACAGUCCGGCCCGGGACCCUUGGGCUCCGGCCGCCCCCGACGCCGACCCUUGGGCCCCGCUGGCACAGAGCAAGAGUCCGAUUUCCGUGAUUUCCUCUCCGUCUUCGGACUUGGAGCAGUUCGACGCUUUGUCUCAGAGACAGAAAACGCAGAACAACCACGAGCAAGAUCCCUUCGACCUCUCCGGGCUGGGUGGCAAACUGAGUCCGCCCAUAUCCAGCGGCACGGGCGCCAUCAAGAAGUCCCCGUCGGCCUUCCUGGGCGAGAACUCGUCUUUAGUGAACCUGGAGCGUCUCCUGCAGCCCGCGGCCGCCGCGCCCCCCGCCGCGCCGAACCCCUUCGCCCCCCUCGGACCCCUCGGACCCCAAGCGCCCGAGACCCCGAGGCAGAUGUUCGCGCAGCCGCAGCCGGCAAAACUAUCAAUAAACGAAAUCAAGCAGCAGCAAAUGGGUCUGGCUUCCAACAUGAACUUCCCCAGUUCCUCGCCCGCCUUCAACGCGCCUCUGAACAUGGCCGCCCCCAUGCCUCCUCUGCCCAAUAACAUGGGGUCGAUGCCGACGAUGCCCCCCUUGGGGAGCACUAUGCCCCCGUUAGGUAGCAAUAUGCCGCUUAGCGGGGUUCCACUCUCAGGAGCGCCUUUAGGUGCAGCCGACCCGUGGUCCCCGUCUGGGGCUCGCGCUGCGUCUCCGUGGUCUCCGCCCCCCGCCCGCCACACGCCCAACCCUUUUCUUUCCUAG